GGCGGGAAUCGGCUCUGCGUUCCGACCCGGAAAGCUCUGCACGGUGCCGGCUGUACCAGCUAACCCGGAUCCAAGAGUCUGGACGACUCGGAGCCAGCUUCUCCUUGUGGCGUAGGUACCGCAGCACCAUGUCGUCCCCGGCGUCGACUCCGAGCCGCCGCAGCAGCCGACGCGGACGAGCCACCCCAACCCAGACGCUGAGAAGUGAGGAGACCAGCAGGUCAUCUCCCAGCCGGAGACGGAGAGGCGAAGAUUCUUCCACUGGCGAGCUGCCGCCGAUGCCCACCUCUCCAGGAGCGGACCUGCAGAGCCCAGCUGCACAGAGCGCCCUGUUUUCCAGCCCUCCUCAGAUGCAUUCCUCAGCUAUUCCUUUGGACUUUGAUGUUAGUUCGCCGUUGACAUAUGGCACUCCCAGCUCUCGAGUGGAAGGAACCCCAAGAAGUGGGGUGAGAGGCACCCCAGUGAGGCAGAGGCCAGACCUGGGCUCUGCUCGGAAGGGUCUGCAGGUGGAUCUGCAGUCUGACGGAACAGCUGCAGAAGACAUCGCAGCAAGCGAACAGUCUCUAGGCCAAAAACUUGUGAUUUGGGGAACAGAUGUGAAUGUGGCAACAUGCAAAGAAAAUUUCCAGCGAUUCCUUCAAUGUUUUACUGAUCCUCUGGCCAAAGAAGAAGAAAGUGUUGGCAUAGAUGUUACUCAACCUUUGUACAUGCAAAGACUUGGAGAGAUUAAUAUUACAGGGGAACCAUUUUUAAAUGUGAACUGUGAACACAUAAAGUCAUUUGGCAAAAAUAUGUAUAGACAGCUCAUCUCCUACCCACAGGAGGUCAUACCAACCUUUGACAUGGCGGUCAAUGAGAUCUUCUUUGAGCGUUACCCUGACUCCAUUUUAGAACAUCAGAUUCAAGUAAGACCUUUUAAUGCAUUGAAGACAAAGAGUAUGAGAAACCUGAAUCCAGAAGACAUUGAUCAGCUCAUCACUAUCAGUGGCAUGGUCAUCAGGACAUCACAGCUGAUUCCUGAGAUGCAGGAGGCCUUCUUCCAAUGCCAAGUGUGUGCCCAUACCACCCGGGUGGAGAUAGACCGAGGCCGCAUUGCUGAGCCCUGCUCUUGUGCACACUGCCACACCAGCCACAGCAUGGCACUGAUCCACAACCGAUCCCUGUUCUCCGAUAAGCAGAUGAUCAAACUUCAAGAAUCUCCUGAAGACAUGCCUGCUGGGCAGACACCUCACACUAUUGUUCUUUUUGCCCACAAUGAUCUUGUAGACAAGGUUCAGCCAGGGGACAGAGUGAAUGUCACAGGCAUAUAUCGAGCAGUACCUAUCCGAGUCAAUCCAAGAGUGAGCAACGUGAAGUCUGUCUAUAAAACCCACAUUGAUGUCAUUCAUUAUCGGAAAACUGAUGCAAAACGCCUGCAUGGCCUUGAUGAAGAAGCAGAACAGAAACUUUUUUCAGAGAACUUUGACAAGAUGAAUGAAAGUACAAGGUCUGUACUGCAUGAAGUCAUGGAACAACAGACUCUGUCCAUUGCAAAGGCUGGAAUCAUCUGUCAGCUUAAUGCACGCACAUCUGUCCUGGCAGCAGCAAAUCCUAUCGAGUCUCAGUGGAACCCUAAAAAAACAACCAUUGAAAAUAUCCAACUACCUCAUACAUUGUUGUCAAGGUUUGAUCUUAUCUUCCUCAUGCUGGACCCUCAGGAUGAGGCAUAUGACCGGCGUCUGGCUCAUCACCUGGUUUCACUGUACUACCAAAGUGAGGAGCAGGUGGAGGAGGAGUUCCUGGACAUGGCAGUGCUGAAGGACUACAUCGCAUAUGCACAUAGUACCAUCAUGCCCCGGCUGAGUGAGGAGGCCAGCCAGGCCCUCAUUGAGGCUUAUGUGAACAUGAGGAAGAUCGGUAGUAGCCGGGGAAUGGUUUCUGCUUACCCUCGACAGCUAGAGUCAUUAAUUCGAUUAGCAGAAGCCCAUGCUAAAGUGAGAUUUUCAGACAAAGUUGAAGCAAUUGAUGUGGAAGAGGCAAAACGCCUUCACCGGGAAGCUCUAAAACAGUCUGCCACUGACCCCCGCAUUGGCAUUGUGGAUAUAUCUAUUCUUACUACAGGGAUGAGUGCCACUUCUCGUAAACGAAAAGAAGAAUUGGCAGAAGCAUUGAGGAAACUUAUUUUAUCUAAGGGUAAAACACCGGCCUUAAAAUACCAGCAACUUUUUGAGGAUAUUCGGGGACAGUCUGACACAGCAAUUACCAAAGAUAUGUUUGAAGAAGCCCUGCGUGCUUUGGCUGAUGAUGACUUCUUGACGGUGACUGGGAAAACUGUCCGCUUGCUCUGAGCUGUGUGAUCCUUGGUCUGGAGUUGGUUGCUGUUUUUGAUGCAAACAGUCUGAAAGGCAGUAUUUUCUAUCCUGUGAUGCAUUUUUUAUUUACAUUUUAAAUUAUCACUAUAUACAGUAGAGCCUGCUUUCUUGAUGCUCUGCUUUACUUAAGCACCUAUUUGCACACAGAGUCUAAGCGCAGUUUUGGAGAAGGUUUUUAAUGGGGGCCUUUGCUUUUGUUGUGUUGCAGUGCAGGGGAUGAAGCUAAGGGUACUUGUAUGCUAUGAAUGCAAGCUAAGCCCCAGUGUGUAGAGAAUUUUGUAAUUGGAGGUAACUGAUGACCAGGACACUGUGAUGUGAUGAUGACCUAGUGACUCUUACUCCUUUUGUAGCACCUGGAUUUAACUGUAUAGAAGCUUCUCUGUAACUUACUAGAACAAGAAUGUGAUUGAAAAUUACUAAAUUCCAAAUUGGUUUCUACU